CCUAGCCAGAUCUCGAUGGAACGCUUCCUCAGCCUCCUGUUCCAAGCAGUUCCACGGUACAACUGCGUCUUCCAUAGAAAUCAAUUGCAGUUUUGUCACCAAUCGUUCGACAGAGUGAUACGCAUCGACAUCAUGGUCACGUGUUGGAUGAAACCUUUCCUUGCUUGCAGAUGGGGGGCAUUGACAUCAUAGUGCCACUUUUCCCAUCGCCACCUGGAUAUCAUAUUAACUCAUCAAGACAGAACAGACCAAUUCCUAAAUCUUGCUAACUUCAAUAGUCUGAAUAUCAAUUAAAUUUGUUCAAAUUAUAACAAAAAUACCACCAGAAAUCUCGCCCAAUCAUCUCAUGAGAUAUCCACAAUGGCAACAGAAGAGACAACUCAAGACGCCCGAUCAAAUGUCGGCGAUCAAAGCGAUUAUUCCAGCGAAAACGAGUCAAAACAAAUGACCCAAGAUUCACAGAAUAACCAGGUUGAUCGAUCCAACACUGGGUCUCAGGGAACCCUCAAUCAGCCCCAAAAUCAACAGUCUGUUCAAACAGCGAGCCAAGAGACGGGAAAGAAAAGCAGCGCACCUCGCGUGAGAUUGGAUAUGGAUCUCGAUGUUGAGUUACAACUGAAAGCAAAGAUCCAAGGCGAUCUUGAAUUAGCCAUCUUGGAGAACUGAGAUUAUUAAACGAUUUUGCUUGUGGAAUGUUCCCGGAAUGGCGUUGAUAAUUAUAUUAUAAGAGCGUUUAAAUAAUGAUAUCAUAAUUCAUCUUCUGAU